CUGUGUCCGGGAAGGGGAGGGACUCCGACGACAAAGUCUGGGGCGCUGCUGUGCUACUCACAAGGCUGCACCACAACAGUGCACCCAAUUUAAUCCUAAAUGCUUGAUUCACUGUUUGUUGUCCUUGCGUAGGAAACCGAGUGUAACGCUAAAGAGCAUCGCCGUUUAUAUUUUGGGUUUAAAUUCGCCUUUUGGUCUGGUUCUGCCCGGCCCGGCCUGUGCCUUGCUCGCUGCGCGGAGGCUAAAUGGCAGUGUGGGCUUAUCACUUCCACAAACGUGUGCCAAGUUGCCUGUGAACUUUGUCACAUUUCGGAGCAAUGUCGAGCCUGCUAUUGGUGAGAAACGGCAGGAGAGCGAUAUCGGUGAUCGGCGGGAGGCGCAGAGGCACCGACGCACUUUCAGGAGUUCAUCCGGCUGCGCGGCGCACAAUCAUAGAUCUGUCCUACUCAGCGCACUUCAUGGAUUUCCAAGGAUCCUCCAUACCCAGCAGCAUGAAAAAGCUGGUGGUAAACAAGCUGAGUCCGAAUUUCAGGGAGGCCGUUGCCAUGCAAACCGUCGCGGUGCCUACACCCGGAGACGCGGACCUGCUCGUCAGGAAUCGUUUUGUGGGAGUCAACGCCUCUGAUAUUAAUUACACAUCGGGCCGGUACGACCCCUCGGUGAAGCCCCCAUUCGACGCCGGUUUCGAGGGCAUCGGUGAGGUCGUCGGCCUCGGUCUUAGCGCCAGCUCCCGCUUCACCGUCGGGGACACGGUGGCGUACUUCACCAGCGGUGCGUUCUCCGAGUACACGGUGGUGAAAGCCAAGGAGAGCGUUCCGGUCCCCGCGGUGAAGCCAGAGUUCCUCACCCUGCUGGUCAGCGGCGCCACGGCCUACAUCGCCCUGAAGCGUCUGGGCGACCUGAAAGAAGGCGAGACGGUCCUGGUCACGGCGGCCGCUGGAGGAACGGGACAGUUCGCCGUGCAGUUUGCCAAACAGGCCGGUUGUCACGUCAUAGGGACCUGUUCGUCCAACGAGAAAGCCGGCUUCCUCAAGUCCAUCGGCUGCGACCGGCCGAUCAACUACGCCUCAGAGGACCUCGCCAAAACGUUGAAGAAAGAGUACCCGAAGGGCGUGGACGUGGUCUAUGAGUCUGUGGGAGGCAGCGUCUUAGAGCUGGCAGUGAAAAGUUUGGCCACUAAGGGUCGGCUGAUCGUGAUCGGCUUCAUCUCGGGGUACCAGAGUGCAUCGGGGUUCCCGCCCUUCAAAGGGGACACCCUGCCCAUCAGGCUCCUCCAGAAGUCGGCCAGCGUUCGAGGGUUCUUCCUGCCGCACUUCUUCAGCGACUACAGGGAGGCUCUGGGCAGCAUGAUGCAGAUGUUUGCCAAGGGAGAGCUGCAGUGUGAGGUGGAUUGUGGGGAUUUGUCGGAGGAGGGGAGGUUUGUAGGCUUGGAGUCCGUCUUUAGGGCCGUGGACUUCAUGUAUGCGGGGAAAAACCUGGGCAAGGUGGUGGUGGAAGUGUCACCGCCCGCUGUUAGCAACAGUAAGCUGUGAUUUAACAAAUGCACUUGAACCUGACUGAAUGUUCACUUACAGAAAGGGAGCUGCUGUGAUUGAAUCAUUGUUUAACAGAGGUGUUCUUUAUUUUUGUAAGAUGAUUGACUAAAUAAUAGUAAAUGCCUUAUGAUUACAGAUGAAUAGCAACUUUAUCUUGAUUGUUGAAUCUUUAUGCAAUAAAAGUGUUUUAAUGUGAAGGGUAAACCGUCCCUGAUAAUCUGAGAAAGCAAUACUAGCUCAGCCUGGAUUAUGAUGUCUACAAAUGUUCGGAUUAAAAAAAAUCAGGAACAAA